GCAAGAGAAGGAGGCGACAUCUGAGAGCCCUGGGUCAUCCUACCCCAUCCAGCCUCUAUCCUUGCUGCUUUGUUCCAUAUUUAGCUCCCGACAACUGUGCCUAGUGCAGGAACUCCCAGCUCUGCUUUUCCCUCCUCCCUCUGCUGUCCCUUCUCCCUUAGAGCUCUCAGAAAUCGCUUUUUCUUUUUCCCAGUGGCCAUAACUUCAUACCCCUACGCUCAAUAAGAUGGCAGAAAAGCAGGAAGAGCCCAGCAACACCCAGAACGGUGAACCUGACAACGCGGAAGAGGGCGAGGGAAAAAAGAAGAAGAAGUUGAAGCGGGAAGACCUGCCACCAUUUGAAAUUGUGACAGGGGAGCGCCUCCCAGCCAUAUUUUUCAAAUUCCAGUUCAGGAACGUGGAAUACAGCUCAGGCAGGAACAAAACCUUCCUGUGUUAUGUUGUCGAGACCCAAGGCAAAGAGUCAGUGACUUCCUGGGGUUACCUGGAAGACGAGCAUGCAGCUGCCCAUGCAGAGAUGGCUUUCUUCAACACAAUUUUACCGAAGUGCGAAUCAAGCCUCCGCUACAACGUCACCUGGUAUGUCUCCUCCAGUCCCUGCGUGACCUGUGCCGAUCGGAUAACCGAGACCCUAAAGAAGAACAAGAACCUGCGUCUGACAAUCAUGGUAGGGCGCCUCUUCAUGUGGGAAGAUCCAGAAAUGCAGGCUGCCCUGAAAAAAAUGAAGUCAGCUGGCUGCAAGCUGAGGAUUAUGAAGCCUCAAGACUUUGAGUAUGUCUGGCAGAACUUUGUGGAACAGGAGGAAGGAGAGGAAGCAAAGGCUUUCGUGCCAUGGGAGGACAUUCAAGAGAACUUCCAGUAUUAUGAGGAAAAGUUGGCUGAGAUUUUGCACUGAAACUCACGACCAAUUCAGAAAAGAUCUAUAAAGAGAUGCAACAGACUUGUACAUCCGGGACACUCCCACUUUCCAAAGCUUUGAUUCCAGCAGGAUGGGGCACGAACUUCUGGAAGACUAGGCCUUGAUGGACUACAAAUA